AUGAGUGAAGAAUUAACUCUUAAGAAAAUUAAACAAAAAAUAUUCUGGGCUGACUAUUACACUGAAAAACAUAAAUUCAAGAAUUUUAAUCUAAGAAAACAUGGUGUUACUAUUGAUUAUGACUUUUUAAGUGACCUAGCAAAUAAUCAAUUUCUGACUGCUUAACACUUUGUUUUUUUCUAGUAAAUGUUUUCAUUUUAUUAUGGAGAACUUCUUGUAUAUAUUACUUUCAUUAUAUUAGGUACUUUCAUUAGAUUGUCAUGUUUUCCCGGAGUUCAUUCCAGAUAUUACAAAUUCUAUCCUUCCAAAUAUGAUUAUGUCUUAAUUAAGACAAGAGACAACUCAAAAUUCUUAAAAUUCUUUUUCUAACUUUGAAUUAUAGUAAGAAUAUCAGUAAAAAUAAACUCAAUAAGAUUAAAGUGAAAAUGUUUCAAUUUUCUAUAAAACUUUAAAUGUCAUUAAAUCCAUUAAUCCAUUAAGAUUGUUAUGGAAAUCUAAACCUUAAUAAGAAAUUGAUUGUUAAGAAAAUUAUUUAAAUAAUUAAUAUAAAACUAGUUAAGAGAAUGUAGUUUCUGAAUAAAAUUAAGAAUUAUUGUCAAAGUUUAAUUUUGAAGAGAAAAACAUUACUUAUUUAAAAAAAGAUCCUAAAAAAUCGACUUAAGUGAUUGCCAAAAGCAAAAUGAAAAUAAAUAAUGUCAUUUUUCUUGAAAAUGAAAAAGGAAAAUAUCAAUUUAAUAAAUUAAAGAUUCAAAUCAACAAUUUAAAAGAAAAAUAUCAAUUUUCCUCUAACAUUCAAUCAAAUUUUUUUAGUCUUUUCAAAUACACAUACAUUCCUAUUAAUUUAUAAAAUAAUCAUUGGCUUUGUGCUAUUAUAGAAUUUAAGGAAAAUAAAAUACAAUAUUUAGAUUCUAAUUUUGCAAAAUAAAGUAAUGUUAUAGAAGGUUUGGAAUAAAUGUUAAAUUAUAAAGGAGAAUAAACAAAAUGGUAAAUUAUAUGUGAUAGUCCAAAACAAGAAAAUAGGUACGGAAUUUAUUAAUAUUAAAAGUUUUGAUUGUGGAAUAUUCUGCUUGAUGGCAUUGUAUUAGCUUUAUAAAACAGGUAAAUUUAUUUAAUAUAAUCAAUAUAAUUAAUAAGAUAUUAAUAGUUUUAGAAAAUAAUUGCUUUACUUGGCAAUUAUUGAAAGUCAAAGUGAUAUUAAUUAAAAAUUACUAAAUAUUAUUUUAGAUUAUAAACAUAAAAAUUGA